GACUAGUUUGCAACGUCACUUGUAGAGCUCCUCCCGCCUUGCCGCAUGACAGGGGUACAGCGACAACUCCGCAAUGCGGAAGAGCAGGUCUCCACUGCCGGCGUUGACGACCUUCUGACAUGACUCGGCGAACGAACAGAGCGAGUAUCAAUGCCCAAUCCUUUGCCGCUACGGGGCGAAGAUGCACAGCGAAGCGCUGCUACAGCCGCUGCUGCUGCAGCCGCUGCCGCUGCUGCUCACGCUACUGCUGGCGACCACGGGUGGCAGAACCGCAGCAGCCGCCCCCACUGGCCCCACUGCGGGCGCCGCUGCUGCUCGCGCCGCAGCCCUGGCCGGUAAGCAAGCGUCAGCAUCAACGGUCGCAAGAGCGGCAGCGGCACAUUUCCCAACACCACCACUGGCGCUGGGCAGCCGCCGCUUGCUGCAAGCGGACAGCCCUUUUAGUGGCCGCAGCAACAGUGGCAGUAGCAGCGGCAGUAGCAGUGCAACGGCCAACACCCGCACGCUGUGGGACCCUGGCCCUGGCAGCGCCGGCGGCAGCGCCGGCGGCAGCGCCGGCGGCGGACAGGGCAGCAGUGCUGCUGCUGCUGAUGACGUGGAGCACGAGGCGGCGGUGGCGGUGGCGGGUGCGGUGUUGGGUCGGCUGUUCUGGGCCGUGGUUAUGGACGACAGCAGCGGCAGUAGCAGCGGAGGCGGCCGCGGAGCAGCAGCAGGGCAGGGUGCGGCAGCAGCAGUGGCACCAGGUUCACCCGGCGGCAGCAUGAUGCAGCAGAUUGCUCUGCCGGCGGGUUUGGGGCCUGCUGGAGGCAGCAGCGUCGGCAGUAGCAGUAGCAGCAGCAGCAGCAGCAGCAGCAGCGGUGGUGGGGCAUUUAGUGGCGGGGCUGUAGCGCCCACUAUCAAUGUAUAUACCAGCACGCCUGUGACCGUUAUCAAUCCCAUCACCGUGGAUUCGUCGAAUCAGGGGAUGGGCAGCAGCAGCGGCAGUAGCAGCGGAGGCGGCUCCGACGCGACCACGCAGCUGCUGCUGGCAGCGGCGCUGCUGCGCAAGCCGAGGACGGUGGUGGUUGUGCCCGUUAUCCUGGGUCGAUGAGCAGGUGAACAGUGAGGGCACAGCAAUUGGCGAUGUUGGCAUGGCGCGACGGAGACAGGGAGGCGAGGGAUACAGGAACAGCAUGAUGAAGUGUGCUGGAAGCGAUUGUGCCAAACGCCUCCUUUUG